AUGGCCAUGAGCGACGCGGGACGCCGGGAGUUGCCCACGGACGUCGUGGUGGAGGUCCUGCUGCGGCUGCCGCCGAUCUCCCGGCGCCGGGUCCGCCUCGUCUGCAGUCUCUGGCGCGAAAUCAUCGACAAGCACACCACGGAGAUGCAGAGCCGCGCCACAGCCCUCCAUUGGGAUACCUGGGACGCCGUCGCCCACGUCGUCGACGACAUGUCCAAGUCAUCGACGGGGAGCAACACAGAGCUGUGGAUUCCGGACAGAGUGGCGGCCGACUUCCGGUUCCUAAACAACAGUAGCCUGCAGCUGAUCGGCACGUGCAAUGGUCUUCUCUGCCUGUGCGACAACAAGGAGGCACCCGGCGGCGCCGUCACCCUGUUCAACCCGGCCACGUACGAGGAGCUGCCGGUCCCGCCGCUGCCUUGCACACGCCCGUAUAUCCCGUCUGUGGAGAGAUACGCCUGCUGGGAGGACUGGCACGAGGCGUACAACUUCGCGUACCACCCUACGUCCGGGCAGUACAAGGUGGUGCACGUCCCAUGCAGCAUCAACAAGGUAUACAAGUUCGACGCUGUGCAGGUGCUCACGCUCGGGGAGGCGUCAUGGCGGGAGGUUCCCGCUGGUCCUGCAGAGGGUGCGAGCUGCAACCUUGGCGCCGGCAUAAUCAGUAUCGAUGGCGCGACGUACUGGGUCAUAGAGAGUGCCGGAGCAAGCUGGGUCGUGUCACUUGACCUCGAGAACGAGGUGGUCACCCGUGUGAAGGGGCUACCCGGGCAUCCCGCCGGGCCUGAACACUAUCACCUAACGGAGGUGCACGGGAGGCUGGGCAUUGUUGUCCGUGGCGUUUCAAGAACGACAGAGGUGUGGGUUCUGGACGAGGGGCGGCGGAACUGGAGCUGCCAGUACAGCCUUACGCGGCAUAAUGUCCCGCGGCCACACUUCGUAUUUGGAGAGUGCAUCUUGACAUUGGACGAGAGCUUGAUACGCGGGCACUACAACGAGAGCUUGAUACGCGGGCACUAUAGACAGACAGGCGUGUGGUCAUCGUCCAACAAGGCGGUACCGGUGCGGGUCAGCCACCGGGCUCAUGGGAGGCCGCUCGUGAUAACAAGUGGGAGGGGACGCACAUUCCGCUAUGUCAAGACGAUGGAGUCACUUAGCAUUUACUAUGCGCCCUAA